AUGGACAUGGACAUGGACACGGACAAUCGCACCAUCAGCGAGCAUGAGAACAAGAAUGUGGUGCUGCCCUGUCCGGUGAACGAGCAGAAAUGCGGGAAGCUGCACUCCCUGAACUGGUUCAAAGGCGACGAUCGCAUCGCGGCGAUGCUGCUGGGCGACAGCAAUGUGACGAGUGUGAAUGAUGAAUUUAAAAAUAGAGUUACUGUUGAGCAAAACCCAUACAGAUUAGUUAUUAAGGACUUGAGAAUAUCUGAUGAGGAUAUAUAUCUAUGUGAUACAACAUUUUUUAUACCAGAAGAAACGUGUGAUAACUUCAAUGGCUAUCGUGUCGAACUGAGAGUCUUAGUGCCACCCACUGAGGUCGUGAUUUUGGACGCAAAGGGCGACCGCAUCGAGAACGGCAGCAUCGUGGGACCCAUGCAGGAGCGCCAGAGCCUGAAGGCAACCUGCACGGUGAAGAACACACGACCCCAGCCAGAUGUGGGCUGGUGGCGGGGCAGCAAGCGGCUGGCCACAUAUUCGCCUACUCAUGACUUGCACGAUGGCCUCUAUACCUCCACACUCGAGCUGGAGUGGGCUCUGUCUCGCGAGGAUCUGGCACAGGACAUUGAAUGCCGCGUCGAGUCGGCGGCUAUUAAAAAUGCAAUUGUUACCAAAUUCGGCGUCGAUUUGCAAGUGCGACCGACGAGCAUCGCCAUCAAUGGAGUGGAGCACCACACGGUGCAGGGCAGCAAAGUGGUGCUAACAUGUGACAUACACGGCGCACGGCCCGCAGUUAAUCUAACCUGGUAUAAUUCAACUUCGAUUAUCAGUGCCGAGGAGAAUGAACUCACUGAAAUACGCACCAAAGCUUUUGAGAAGGAGGACGGCACCUACCACACGCAGUCGGAGCUGAUUUUCAAUGCCACGCGCUUUGAGAACGAUCGCGUCUUCCGCUGCGAGGCCGAAAAUAUUGUGCUGCAAAUCAAUCGCGAGAAGCCCAUAUCCUCGGAUCUGACCCUGGAAGUUAUGUAUCCACCCGUUGUCAAGGUCAGUCCACCGGAAAUGGUCACCAAUACCAGCGAAAUUGUGCUGCUCAAUUGCGAAUAUGUGGCGAAUCCAGCCUCGCUCACGCAGGUCGUUUGGUACCGCAACGGCGACAUUGUUAAUGUCAACGAUACGGAUCGCUAUCAGGGCGGCAACUCCGAAAACGUGGCCUUAGUCAUUAGAUCCACAGACAAGGAGGACAUUGGCAACUACACCUGCCAGCUGUCCAAUUCGAUAGGCAAAGGCGUCUCCGAGCAGCAAAUCGAUCUCGAUGUGCA